CUCACACACACACGCACGCACAAACCGGGAGGCUUGCCUUUUCAUUUUUUUCGUUAAGAGCUGGUGCGGGAGGGAGAAAGGGACUGAUGUUCACCGCGAUUGACGGUCUAGCCUAACUGAUCGUCAAGAAAACUUGCAGCAUCUUAGUGACCAAUCGUGCGGGCCGCCCUGAUAGCCAGCAAUGAAGACGGCGGGAAAGGGCUAAUUAGCAGCUGUGCAGUGUCAAUCGGUUUUCGCUGGUCUUCUGGUCCGGAUGCAGCUGUCUACAGAGGAAAGUUUUGCAGCACCGCUUAUGAUGUCAAACUAUAAGCGUGCAACUUUUGAAGAUGAUGAUCCUACAGAAUUAGCAACAGAUGGCAACGCCUCACCAGAAAGUGUGGAGGUUGGUUUCAGAAAAGGUAAAUCGCUUUCUUUGGGAUCAAUUGGAACAAUAACACAGUUGGAAGUGACCUUGUUAGCAGUCCUCUUGGUUGUAAUCAUGGCCCUGAUUGGUUGUGUUAUUACUCUGGUAAUAAAAAAUUCCCAAGAUCCUUCACGUAAAAUUUGUCUGACAGAAACUUGUAUCAUGGUCGCUGCGAAAAUAACAGAAUCCCUAGACCGUUCAGUGGACCCCUGCAAUGACUUUUAUCAAUAUGCCUGCGGGGGAUGGAUAAAGAAAAAUCCAUUGCCAGAUGGAAGGUCACGUUGGAAUACCUUUAAUAGUUUAUGGGACCAGAACCAGGCAGUUAUGAAACAUCUUUUGGAAAACUCCACCUUUAAUUCUAGCAGUGAGGCAGAGCGGAAAGCUCAACAUUAUUAUCUUUCCUGCUUGAAUGAGCAAAGAAUUGAAGAACUUGGUGCACAGCCUUUGAUUGAUCUCAUUAAUAAGACAGGCGGCUGGAAUAUCACAGGUCCCUGGGAUAAAGACAACUUCAUGGAAGUGCUAAAAGCAGUUUCUGGGACUUACAGAGCAGUUCCUUUUUUCACCGUCUAUGUUAGUGCAGAUUCCAAAAGUUCCAACAGCAAUGUCAUUCAGGUUGAUCAGUCAGGUGUGUUUCUUCCAUCUCGUGAUUACUACCUAAACAAAACAGCAAAUGAAAAGGUACUGAACGCAUACCUGGACUAUAUGGUUGAACUGGGUAUACUUCUGGGCGGAGAGCGUAAUUCAACAUACAUUCAGAUGCAGCAAAUUUUGGAAUUUGAAACUAUCCUUGCAAAUAUCACAGUUCCCCAGGAUGAACGUAGGGACGAAGAGAAAAUAUACCACAAAAUGACCAUUUCAGAAUUACAGAAUUUAGCACCUGCCAUUGACUGGUUGGAUUAUUUAUCAUUUGGACUGGCACCAGUGGACCUGAAUGAAACAGAAUCAGUAGUUGUCUAUGCCAAAGAAUAUCUGCAGAUGGUGUCUGAUCUUAUUAAUAAUACUGACAAGAGCAUUUUGAACAAUUAUAUGAUAUGGAAUUUAGUACUGAAGACAGCAUCGAACCUGGAUCAACGGUUUGAAAAUGCACAGGAAAAGCUUCUGGAAACUCUCUAUGGUACUAAGAAGUCCUGUACUCCUCGAUGGCAGACUUGCAUUGGAAAUACAGAUGACACUCUAGGAUUUGCCUUGGGAGCAUUAUUUGUAAAAGUUACAUUUGAUAAAGAUAGCAAAAUUGUAGCAGAAGAAAUGAUUAAUGAAAUUCGAACAGCAUUUAAAGAUGGUUUGGACGAGCUUGCUUGGAUGGAUGAUAAAACCCGACAAGCAGCUAAGGAAAAGGCUGAUGCCAUUUAUGACAUGAUUGGUUUUCCAGAUUUCAUUUUAGAUACAAAAGAGCUGGAUGAAGUUUAUGAUGGUUAUGAAGUAUCAGAGGAUUCAUUCUUUCAAAAUAUGUUGAAUUUCUACAAUUUUUCAGCCAAGGUUAUGGCAGACCAGCUUCGGAAAGCACCCAACCGUGACCAGUGGAGCAUGACACCUCCUACAAUAAAUGCCUAUUAUCUGCCAACAAAGAAUGAGAUAGUCUUUCCUGCUGGUAUUUUGCAAGCACCAUUCUAUGCCAGAAACAAUCCAAAAUCUCUGAACUUUGGAGGCAUUGGAGUAGUAAUGGGUCAUGAAUUAACACAUGCCUUUGAUGACCAAGGCAGAGAAUAUGAUAAAGAUGGUAAUUUACAACCAUGGUGGCAAAAUUGUUCAGUUGAAACUUUCAAAAAUAAAACUGAGUGUAUGGUUAAUCAAUACAACCAGUAUACGGUAAAUGGAGAACAUAUCAAUGGAAAACAAACAUUGGGCGAAAACAUUGCAGAUAAUGGUGGCCUCAAAGCAGCAUAUCAUGCGUACAAAACAUGGGUGAAACAGAAUGGAGAGGAAAAGUUAUUGCCUGCAGUUGACUUGACCAAUCAUCAGCUCUUUUUUGUAGGAUUUGCACAAGUGUGGUGCUCUGUGCGUACACCAGAGAGUGCACAUGAAGGUCUUAUUACAGAUCCACAUAGUCCAGCCAAAUUUCGAGUUAUUGGAACAUUAUCAAAUUCCAAAGACUUUGCUGAACAUUUCAAUUGUCCAACAGGAACCUCGAUGAAUCCUGGAAAACAAUGUGAAGUGUGGUAGUAGUACUUGUCUUAACAAGGGACCUUUACACUGGAUAGUUUUCGCAGGAAGUUGAAAAGCUUUGAAACACUGACCUAGAGGGAAUCAAGAAUAAAAGAAAAUGUACAUUAUAUCACGCACUUUUUGUACCACAAAUGUUAAAGAUUAUUAAAUGUUAAAAAUGCA